ACAUCAGCCAUGACCCAGUCACAGCCAGCAGUCCCAAUGAAACGAAAGCAGCGCCGCUACAGAACAACGUUCAACUCGCUUCAGCUGCAGGAGCUCGAACGAGCCUUCCAACGGACGCACUAUCCGGACGUGUUUUUUCGUGAAGAACUCGCAGUGCGCAUCGACCUGACGGAGGCUCGUGUGCAGGUGUGGUUUCAGAACCGCCGUGCGAAAUGGCGAAAAAGCGAAAAGACCACCGGUGGCCCAGGUGGUGAGCUGGAUUCGCAACAGGAGCAACAGGACCAACAGUCAACAUCGACGACAGUCGCGUCUGGAUUGUGUGCGGGAAGUGAUGCGACCUGCGAGAACGUCCUGAGUGACGUUGGGAUCCUAGUGGUGACGGGUGGUGACGGUGGUGGUGGGAGCAGAAUGCUAGUGAACGAUGACGACGAAGACGACGACGAGCUGGGGCUUACCGAUGAGGUACUACACGGCAUGGCUAGUGGACUUAAGCCGCAACACUCGGUAUCGUCGGCUUUGGGAGGGCUUGGGAAGAGCACAAGCCUGACAGAUGCAUCAGGGGACCAGCAAAGUCACCAUCACCACCUACACCAUCACCUGCAACACCAACCACAUGUGGGACCGAGUUCUAGACCAACUCUGCUAGAUACUGUAGACGUUGUUCUCCCCGGGAACUCGAGUACCUCGGGCAUCACGUUCGAUGCGGGUUCACUGCAAAGUAUGACACUUGGACUACCAGAUGAUCCGUCCGGUGGUGGUCCAGUUGGAUCAUCUAGCUACGGAGUUGUCGAUCCAGACCUGCCACGCCUCACCAUCGGGUCACUGUCGUCACCUGGUCGGCUUUCGCCCAACCUGUUUCUUAACCUCAACUUCGAUCACCUCAACUCGCUGGACGGAAGUCGCUCCAGCAGCCUGACGUUCGAGUGGAACAGUUUCACCGGGGCUAGCACAACCGGUGGGAGUAAGCUGACACCGUCUGGAACGUCGUAUGCGUCCAUCAACACCAGCACCAGCGAUGGGAUGGGUUCAGGAAGCUCUGUUACAGAUCGAUCACUAGAAGGCAGCCAGGAAGUGUCGAGUGUGUGCUGCACACUUCACCCCAAUGACGGAUCGCCUCAGCAGCAUCAGCAAUCACACCUACACCAUCAGCACACUCAUCUGCAGCAGCACCACCAUCAUCAUCACCAGCACCCGGGUUCUGUGUACGAUGACGACAUGAAGUUCCUGCACGUUGACCAUUUCGGUGCGAUGGAGAGCUUCAAACACGAGUCGCUUUUCAACCUCGAUCAAACGUUGCUCGGUGCGUCCGGGCCUGCUUCUGAUCAAACUUCUGCUCUACUGCAGUCCCACCAUCAGCAACUACCUCCGCACCAUCACCAACAUCAGCAUCAUCAACACCAGCAGCAACAUCACCACCACCAUCACCAUCAUCCCCACCACAGCCAGCAGCUGUUGUGUGGGGCUCAGAAGAGCUCGAUCCAACAACACCACCAGGCGGCGCCACAUCAGCACCAUCAUCACGGGCAUCAUCUAGGUGUGCUGGUGGACGAGUUGUCCGGAUUUUCCGCUCUAAGCGACCAUACAGGUGGACCGGGUGAGGACGAAACAGGAAGCGGCCAGACGGCACCAAGUGCCUGUGUGGAAGACUCCCAGCGAGCCUCGCCAUCGGAGCUGCUUGAUCUCGAGCGGCCAAUCAACAUCCACAUCAACGUGGACGACAGUCUAGACAAUCUCCAUUCGGAGGGCAAAUACUAA